CGAAACGAAAAACAAACACCCCCCCACCGCCGCCGCCCGGGAACGCGAGGUCGCCCGGCGCGAGGUGCGUACGGGGCCACACGGGGCGCCCGCCGCCACGCGCACCAACCACUACCACAAAAACCACUCGGCCGCUCGCAGGGCGCGCGUACACACAAGACGCACGCGCACUCCCGUCGUCGCCCCGCUAUCGGGCCCCGUCUCUGGUGCCGGCCGCCGUCGCAACACACUCUCCCUGUUCACCGCCUCGCGGCCACCGUAGUGGUAGCACAGCCGUCGCCAUCGUCGUCGCGUUGCGUGCGCGAAGGAUUCCCUCGCUCGCCCACUACACGCGAGCGGGUUCAUCUCUCCGUUUCGCCUGCUUCUUUCCUCAUCUGACGCCUGCCCCACUCCUUCGGCCUGCUCGGCUCCCCUACGCGGAACUUUUUGUUUUCUUCUUACGCGGCCGUCCUCCCUCGAAGGCCCGGAUGACAUCGGCUCUGCUACGAAGGUAGCGUGUGGUCCCAAGAGGAAAACUCGCCGGUUUUCUCGGCUGCGGGACUGGGCUUUCGCCUACAGAACGGUGCGAGCGAACGUCUCCCAGGGAGGUCUUCGUCCUUCGUUCCCGACUGUUCACUGGAGGCGUCGACACCGAAUACCGCACUCGCGCCAGUCUCAUUCUGAGCCAUUCCAUACGUACACGGAGGCGCGAGCGACUUUGGUGCGGCCGAUACUCGACGAAACUGUGGCCCCGUCAAGUCUACGUCGACACCCUCUUCAGCACAAGAUGCAGUCUUCUAGGCUGCCCCACGCAGCGAUUUUCGCCCUCCUCGGCUCGUGCAUCGUCUUCCGUUGCCUCGCCGCUCCUGCCAAUGGCCAGCCCAACAACCUCGUCGACGGCGGAGCUCCGGGCCCUGCCGACGUCGUGCCCGAAGGCGUGGCGAAGGCCAGCAACGACUUCGGCCUGGCCCUGUACCGGGCGUACGCGAACGCCAGCGCCACGGGGAACCUCUUCUUCUCCCCGUGGAGUCUGAGUCGCGUGCUCGCCAUGGUCCUGCUGGGAGCCCGCAACGAGACGGCGGCCGAGCUGUCUCGCGCCCUGGCCGUGGAUAGCUUCGAGGACCCGGGGGCGGCGCUCGCCGCUCAGCGCGAGAUCGCCAGGCACCUGCUGAGCAGUUCGAGCGAGCUGGCCUCGACCAGCAUCGCGCUCACGAGGGCGGGAGACCCCGUGUCGCCGGAGUACCGGGCCAACCUGGACGAGUACCUGGACGACGGCGGCGUCAUGGAGGUGGAUUUCUCGCGCUCGGAGGACCUGCUCAGCCGAGUCAACGGCGAAGUCUCUCGGCUUACGGGAGGUCGCAUUAAGGACGCCCUGCGAAGGUCCCCGGACCCUCUCAGCAAGCUUCUUCUGCUGAACGCCGUCCACUUUCGCGGCGUCUGGGCGAAGGCGUUCAACCCGAACGACUCGUACGACGGCAUCUUCCGCGGCGUCACGCGCAACUCUCCCGUGCGCAUGAUGAGCGGCAAGGGCAAGUUCCCGCUGGCGUACGAAGGCGACGCGUACGUUCUCGAGCUGCCCUACACGGGCGAGAGCAGUCUCGUGCUCGCCCUGCCGAGGCGCCGCAACCAGAAGGACCUGAGAGACAUCGAGGCCCGGCUCGAGCAGAUCCUCGUGUUGGCCAAGCCCGAGCUGCGCUCCAUCGAGGUCGAGCUGCCCAAGCUGACGGUGCGCAGCAGCCUGGACCUCAAGGAGCCGCUCAAGAAGCUGGGCGUCAAGGCGCUCUUCUCGGAGCACCACGCCGACCUGAGCGGCAUGCAAGCGGAGGGAGGCCUGUACGUCGAGGACGUGCACCACGGCGCGGCGCUCGAGAUCGACGAGAAGGGCACGGUGGCCAGCGCCUCGACGGUGGCCAUCAUCGUGAGCCGCAUCGGCACGCCGCGCUUCGCGGCCGACCGGCCCUUCGUGUUCGCCAUCAAGCACAGGCCGACGGGUCUGCUGCUGUUCGUCGGCCGUGUCACCGACCUGUGAGAAAAAGAAGGUUACCCCGCGGCUGCUUCGAAGUUUGAGGGACGUAGAAAGUUGUGCGCUGGUGAUAAAAUAACUGCGCACGUUAAUGUGCCUUGUGCCGGCACACUGACGGGUAGCGUCUCGGUGCUGCGAGAAAAAUGUCGCGGACUGGUGUUAUACGUGUACCACGAGGUUGCCGGGGCGUUACUUAGCAAAGUGCCCCUUCUAAAAUAGCUGUGAUCAAUAUCGAUUCGGAAAAGUGUGUUCGUUGGGGAAAUAGUGUGACGUUUUGAACAGAAAAAAAGGCGGGAAGAAUUCUGCUGAAAGUUGUCAAGUGCUCCUUCAACAGGUUGAAUGUCUCGUAACAAUACAAUGAGCAAAACGAGAACAAGGUGAAAGCAGGAGCCAACGUUUCGACAAGUGGACUUGUCUUCUUCAAGGCACUUAUCGAAACGUUGGCUCCUGCUUUCACCUUGUUCUCGUUUUGCUCAUCGUCUUGAAUUUCCAUCUCCCGGCUUCCGCGUGUUUUCCUCGUAACAAUACAGGCUUUUAUGGCACCAGAAAAUGGACUGAGCGUUAGCUACUGGUUAAGUCCAGUGCAACUUCAAGCUUUAAUAUCCAACGUAAGCCUACAAAAAAAAAAAAGACCGCCCGGUCAAGGCUGCGGGGAUGUUAGGAGGAUGCUUUUCAAACCUCCAACCCGGUGGAGCCCGAUAAUGCCUCAAAAAAAUUUUCGAAAACGGAUUCAGGGAACCUUGUUAUUCCCAGAAUUGUCUUUCUUGGCCAUUCGAAAGAAUGGUGAGAAUUUGCGCGGUAGCUCUGUACUGAAUUGCUGCAACUGCACUGAAGUACAGCUGCUCUGUACUGCUCUGAAUUUAAAUUCAGUGACUUGGCAUCACGGACCGAUCAACUCUAAUGCUUGUACCUCCACUCGAAGCCUUCGUUGGGAACACUUGCUUCAUUCCAAAACGAUAAGUUAGCCAGCUAGAGCAGCUAACUGUUCUGCAAGCUCGAGUUGUGGUACGUCUGAUCAAGGUUUAAUAUUGCUCGCCCAGUAGCGUGUUGAAACGAAACAAAUACGAUAAGCUGGAGGUACAGGAAAGCGGUCUGUAAGGACGCAUGACCUUGACUGCAUUUCCAUUCCCUGCAAUCUCUUAGGUGGGGACAGUGCUGGACACGCCUGCCAAGAAAUUUAUUUUUAUCUCUAUGUUUUAUAGUGUGAUCAAGAAAGCGGCUGUGCCGCUAUUUGCUGUAUAUAUGCUUGUCAUGUAACGCUGAUGCAAUGUGUAGAGACGUGGCGUAUUUGCAUGCAAUGUCAUAUUUCCCAGCGAAAUUCAGCACUGUCAUGUUUCGCAUCGUUGCUAUUUCUCUCUGGCGCCGUCCCUUUUAAAGAAGUGGUUAAUCUCAAACGCGUGUAAGGUCACGUAGGGAACUUGCUAACUUUUUCUUGUUUUUAAAGACAGCUAUGUGUACUUAGCACACCCGUGUACUUUGCCAAAGAUCUUUAUUGUGAAUAUGAAAACGAAAACUUCAUAUAUACGUGUGAAUAAAACAUGCGCGGCACUUUAUGGUUUUAAAGCUUUCUUGCCACCUCCGUCUUUGCGCUUCGACACAUUUCAAUACAUUUAUGACACCUUGUGCGUAUAUGUGUGAGCGAAAAAAACUUCUCCAGUUUGUUAGUAGUGAUUCAUGAAUUGCUGUUUCUUGUCAUAUAGUCUGCAAUCGUCCUCGUUCUGUAGGUAAGUUGUCGACAGUCGUCUUGUGUGGGCGUAGUAUUUGUGAACAAAAAUUAAAGCUUCGCUCACGACAUUGGCGAUUGCUUAAAUCAACGAAAGUUGUGAAAGGAAAGCAAGACAUGAGUGCUAGGGCAGAUUCACUGAGUAACUACAAUCCAACCUCCACCAUUUUCAUGUUGUUUAGCGUAGAACGAGUUAGCUGUGCGGUGGAUAUUUGCACAUUCUCGUGAUGUCUAUGGUUGUUUCGUAAUAAAGUAUAAUUGGACGCUAUUUGUUUGAGUGCUUUUUUUAGGCUUGUUCAGUAACGGGUAUCGCGGCGAUCAGAAAAGUGCUGUCUGAAUGCUGGAAAUGCUGGAAACCGUGCGUGCGUAUGACUGAGUUUAAAUAAACUCAUUCCCUUCCGGUUUUGUUUAUAA